GUGAGACACAUAGUGAGACACAGAGAGACACAGUGAGACACAGAGAGACAGAGUGAGACACAGAGUGAGACACAGAGACACGGACAGAGGCGGCGAGAGAAGCGAUGGCCGGAGUGGUGACGCGAGAGGGCAUCACGCUGCGUGGCAGCUCCGAAAUUGUUGCCGAAUAUUUCUUCUAUGGGCUCAGCUCGAUUCUGUACCAGCGAGGAGUGUACCCAGUGGAGACGUUCCAGAGAGCUGUCAAGUACGGCAUGAGCCUCUACACCAGCACGGACCCUAAACUGGUGUCUUACCUGACGAGCGUGACCACUCAGCUGAAGGAGUGGCUGGUGAGCUGUACAGUCCAGAAGGUGGUUCUGGUGCUGGCCGAGGUGACCUCUGGCGCUGUGCUGGAGCGGUGGCAGUUUGACAUCCACUGUGACAAGACUGCCCUCACACCGGGAGGACCUCCGAGGGAGAAGUCACUCAAGGAAAUUAACGACGAAAUGAAGGCGGUGAUAGUGCAGAUCACAGCCACAGUCACAUUCUUACCACUACUACAAGAGACCUGUUCGUUUAAUCUGCUGGUCUACACCGACACGGACUCCGAAAUCCCCACUCUGUGGGAGACGUCAGGGCCGCUGGCAGUGGAAGGGGGCCAGGAAGUGCGGCUCCGCUCGUUUAGUACUUCCAUACACAGCGUGGGUACAUCAGUGGCUUACAAGACUACAUAGAUACUAUACACACACAGUGCUAUACACACAGUACUAUAUACUAUACACAGUUUUGUACAUGCACAGUGUACACACACACACACACAGCGUGUUACACAGUGUACUACACACACAGUAUACUAUACACACAGUAUACUAUACACACACACACAGCGUGUGACACACAGUGUACUACACACACACACAGUAUACUAUACACACAGCGUGUGUGUGUCUCUGUGUGUAGUAGUGGCCCAGUGUGUAUGGAGUGAGACUCCACACCUGCAUUGUAACCCCCACACUGCCUGCUGCUGCUGUUUACUGUUGGUAGUGGCUCUUCGUUGUUGCUUAGUGACAUGUGCCUGACACUGGCCGUCGUGGUUUUUUUUAACUCGUGUAGUUUCAAUGUCUAUAUCCCCAUGUCUCUGUCACCUCUGUCUCACUGUCUCUCUUUCUCUCUCCUGUCUCCUCUUGUCUCUCUCCUCUGUCUCUCUCCCUGUGUCUUUGUCUCCUCCUCGUGUCUCUUUCCCCGUGUCUCUGUCUCUCCCAUCUGUCUAUGUCUACCCUCCCCCCCGUGUCUCUCUGCGCUGUGUAUACUGCCAAAUUAUUAAACCGUUUCUAUGAA